UCCGAGUUAUGGCCGACGAGCCGGAAUGGCUCCAGGCGAAGGCGCCGGCGGUCGUCACGUACCGGCGACGCAAGAGGAAACCGGCAUCCGAUGAGGAGAAGUCGGAUGGCUCCGACGGGGAAUCCGACGUCUUGAGGCCGCUGGCGCCGUGCAAGAGCUCGAAGAAUGCCGCGCUGCCGCAGCCAAAGCGGCAGCGCGGCGGCGGCGGGCAAUACUUCCUGGAUUUCGGGCAGUCGGAUUUCUCCCAGAGCGCAUGCAAGGUCUGCGGCCUCGUCUACGCGCGAGGCCAAGAGAACGACACCAAGGUUCACGAGAUCUUCCACAGAAACUUCCUUCGCGGGAUCCAGUUCAAGGGCUGGCGAAACGAGAGAGUCGCCGCUCGAUUCGAGGAUAGAAGCAGUCGAGUCAUUGUAGUUCUUCCGCAAGAUCCCGCCCAACACCACACAAAGGUGAAAGAGGUCGCCACAACCAUGGAGAAAGAGAUGGGCCUUCCUCCAGACUGGUUGCUAAACACCCAAUACAAGGUUUACCUCUAUGUUGAAUCGAAGAGAGUACUCGGCUGUGCCGUUGCCGAGCCGAUCGACGAAGCAUUCGUUGCCAGGGUCGAGAGAGAUCACUGCGAUAAGGGGAAAGCCGCGAGUGUGAAGAAGGAGAUGGUAUUUGGCAACAUCAAGUUCGUCAGAGAGGUCCAGCGCAAGAUCAAAACCAGCAGCAGCAGCAGCAGCAGCAGCAGCGCGGAUCUAAACAAGUCGAUCUCGUAUGACAACAACGCUCCGGUGGCGGCCGCGUGUGGCAUCCGGGGACUGUGGGUGAUGCAUUCCUUCCGGAGAAAAGGAAUAGCGUCUCGUCUCCUCGAUACGAUCAGGGACGAUUUUGCCUUUGGAUCCCAGAUAAAGCUUGACAAGCUCGCCUUCUCACAGCCGACUGGAGACGGUAUAGCAUUCGCAUCCAGCUAUCUCGACACGGAUAGACUUCUCAUAUAUACUUAGCGUUGCAAAGAGAUGCAAGCGUCGAUUUUGUCCGCUCGAAUCAUCUGUAUAAUCCAUCGCCGGGAGAGUUUCGAUCGUCAUUCCUCGGAAUAUGAACAAGCGUUCAUGAGAAAUAAAAGACAACGAACCAUUUUAUCUGCU